AAUAAUUAACAAAUUGUUUCCUCUCUAUCUCUAUCUCUCUUCUUCUCGGUUUCUCCGUAAGAUUAGUCUCUAUGUUCUGCAAUUAAGCACCGGAGAGUUCUGCAAGUAAGAGAAUAAGCUAUGGAUGUUGAGCAGAAGAAACCUUUGAUUGGAUCACAUGAUCGUAACCUUCCUGAUUUCAAAAAAUCAGUGAAGCUUAAGUAUGUGAAGCUUGGUUACCAUUACCUUAUCACACAUGGCAUGUACCUCUUCCUCUCCCCUUUGGUACUUGUAAUCGCAGCGCAGAUUUCGACUUUUUCACUCAGCGAUCUUCGUAACUUAUGGGAACAUCUUCAGUACAAUCUUAUCUCAGUGGUUGUUUGUUCCAUGCUCCUUGUGUUUUUAAUGACUAUUUACUUCAUGACUCGGCCACGUCCUGUCUACUUGGUUGACUUCUCCUGUUUCAAGCCUGAUGAUUCUCGUAAAUGCACUAAAAAGAUCUUUAUGGACCGUUCUAAACUCACUGGUUCUUUCACAGAGGAGAAUCUUGAGUUCCAGCGCAAGAUUUUACAACGUUCGGGACUUGGUGAGUCUACUUAUUUACCUGAGGCUGUCCUUAAUGUUCCACCGAAUCCGUGUAUGAAAGAAGCGCGAAAAGAGGCCGAGACUGUGAUGUUUGGAGCCAUUGAUGAGCUUCUUGCUAAGACUAAUGUGAAUCCUAAGGAUAUUGGGAUAUUGAUUGUUAACUGUAGUUUGUUUAACCCGACACCUUCGUUAUCGGCUAUGGUUGUGAAUCACUAUAAGCUCCGUGGGAACAUACUUAGUUACAACUUGGGAGGAAUGGGUUGCAGUGCUGGUUUGAUCUCGAUCGAUUUGGCUAAACAUCUUCUUCAUAGCAUUCCCAAUACUUAUGCCAUGGUGAUUAGUAUGGAGAAUAUUACAUUGAACUGGUAUUUUGGGAAUGACCGGUCAAAGCUUGUUUCUAAUUGUCUUUUUAGAAUGGGAGGUGCAGCGAUUCUUCUCUCGAACAAACGAUGGGACAGAAGAAGAUCGAAAUAUGAGCUUGUUGAUACGGUUAGAACCCAUAAAGGAGCUGAUGAUAAGUGUUUUGGCUGCAUAACUCAAGAAGAGGAUUCCACAAGUAAGGUUGGUGUAACACUCUCCAAAGAACUAAUGGCUGUUGCGGGUGAUGCUCUAAAGACAAACAUCACGACGUUAGGACCACUGGUUUUGCCUACAUCUGAACAGCUUCUGUUCUUUGCAACAUUAGUUGGAAGAAAACUCUUCAAGAUGAAGAUCAAGCCUUACAUCCCAGAUUUCAAACUAGCAUUUGAACAUUUCUGCAUCCAUGCGGGAGGAAGAGCUGUUCUUGAUGAAUUGGAGAAGAACUUGAAACUCACAGAUUGGCACAUGGAACCGUCGAGAAUGACACUUUACCGUUUUGGUAACACAUCCAGCAGUUCUUUGUGGUAUGAGUUAGCAUAUAGUGAGGCUAAAGGAAGGAUCAAGAAAGGUGAUAGAAUUUGGCAGAUAGCUUUUGGUUCAGGGUUCAAGUGCAACAGCUCGGUUUGGAGAGCGGUAAGGUCGGUAAAUCCUAAAAAGGAGAAGAACCCAUGGAUGGAUGAGAUCCAUGAGUUCCCAGUUGAUGUCCCCAAGGUAUCCCCAAUCUAGAAACCACAUCCAACAGUGGCAAUUUUUCAGAAGAUGUUCUCUUGAGUUUUAAGCUUUUGAUACUGUCUCUUCAAAAUUAAUUUCCAUGGUUCUCUAUUGGUUAUCUGAAACACCAAACUGGUUAAACAUUUUUUCUUCUUUUUAGUGGAAAAACAUGUUGGUGGACAGCAGCAGACCGGCAAUGGUCGGUCCAACUUGUGUUUUUGGUUGUUGUGUCUGCAAUUUUGCAUGUAUAUGUCCUUGAAGGCUUGAAGCAUUCUUUA